UGAGACCCUUUGUGUUGAAAAACUGAUACGUUUAGCGAGCACAAGCGUUCAUUCCUGAAAAUUGCGGUAAAAAUUGCGAAAAGUGCGAGUUCCCCCAGCGAUUGCAUAUAACUAAUUCGCUUGGAGCCACUUGAGACGCAAGGACGAACAGAGAGACAGACGCGCGUGCAAAAAGGGCCAAGUGGGAUUGCUAGCAGAAAUCCAGGACUCGAGGACACGUUCGGUCGGCAGUAGAGACGCGAGCAAGCAGCGACCAUGUCCGGCAUUGCUAUUACACGGUUGGGGGAGGAGCGCAAGGCCUGGCGGAAGGAUCACCCCUUCGGUUUCGUCGCGCGACCCGCCAAGAACCCCGACGGCACCCUCAACCUGAUGAUCUGGGAGUGCGCCAUUCCCGGCAAGAAGUCCACCCCCUGGGAGGGCGGGCUCUACAAGCUGCGCAUGAUCUUCAAGGACGACUACCCCACCUCGCCGCCCAAGUGCAAGUUCGAGCCGCCGCUGUUCCACCCGAACGUCUAUCCCUCGGGCACCGUCUGCCUGUCGCUGCUGGACGAGGAGAAGGACUGGCGCCCCGCCAUCACCAUCAAGCAAAUCCUGCUGGGCAUCCAGGACCUCCUCAACGAGCCGAACAUCAAGGACCCGGCCCAGGCGGAGGCCUACACCAUCUACUGCCAGAACCGACUGGAGUACGAGAAGCGCGUGCGUGCCCAGGCCCGCGCCAUGGCGGCCACCGAGUAGUCGGGCUCCAGCCACCUUUACCACAUAGACAUUAACAAAUACACACAUUUAGCCGGUAAGCGUUUGUUUGGAAUGCUCUCCACAUCUACUUACUUUUAAAGAAUCGACUAAUUUUGGAUAGCCCCCGCGGCCCGAAGCAUCUAAUUUUUUAAUGUUCUGCACUUGCUUAAUUACCAGCGUGUACUAUCUGAAUAAAUACAAAUAAGUCCUCCUAUUUCGAUGGGGCCCAAAGUGGCCACGUGGCACCCAGAAUUCGACGCUCCAUUGCAGCUUCCAUUCUGGGUGCAGGUGCCGAUUAUUCUAUGGGCUAUUUUGUACCGCAAGUA